AAACAUUACAACACAAUUGCUCCCAAGAGAUUUGCUCGCAACACUUUCUACUCACCGCAAAAACAGAUUUCUACUAUCAAUGCCAAAUAGAGCUUAAACAUUUGCUCUCAACUUCAGGGUAACCUCCCCCUCUCAAAAACAGACCAGCGUCCGCAGCACCACACCAAACCACGGAAUGGCAGCAGCCACGGCCCGCACCACGAAGCGCAAGCGAGACACCUCCUCCGCCUCUCCUCCGCCACUGUCAAUGGCCAACGGCGACAAGAACAACAUCGACCUCUCCCUUCUAGAAGCACUAGAAAAAUCACAAAAAGAAAACACAGUAGAAGUACUCGACAUUCGAACAUUAAAAAAACUGGUACUCUCGUUUGAACGCCGUUACAAAGAAAACAUCGAAGCACGGCUCAAAUACCCUGACCAACCGGAGCGGUUCGCUGACUCGGAACUCGAACUCCAUCAAGAGCUAGAAAAACUCAAAAUUCUAGCUGGCGGUCCGGAACUCUACCCGGAACUAGUAAAUCUGAAUACAAUCCCGUCAAUUGUUGGAUUACUUUCGCAUGAUAAUACUGAUAUUGCUAUUGAUGUUGUUCAAUUAUUACAAGAUUUAACUGAUGAAGAUGUCUUUGUUGAUGUUGAUACUGAUGAACCGGCUAGGGUUUUAGUUGAUGCACUUGUAGAAAAUAAUGUUUUAGAAUUGUUAGUUCAGAAUUUACUUAGAUUAUCUGAGAAUGAUCCUGAUGAAAUGGCUGCAGUUUAUAAUACACUAGCUACGAUUGAGAAUUUGAUUGAAGUGAAACCGAGUGUGGCGGAGUUGGUUUGUGAGAGGACUAAAAUAAUGCGGUGGUUAUUAGGGAAGAUUAAGGUUAGGGAAUUUGAUAGUAAUAAGCAAUAUGCAUCCGAGAUUUUGGCUAUCUUGUUGCAGAAUAGUAGUGCUAAUCAGAAACGGUUAGGGCAAAUGAAUGGUGUGGAUGUUGUGCUACAAGCUGUGGCUAUGUAUAAGUCUAAAGAUCCCAAGAGUUCCGAUGAAGAAGAGAUGGUUGAGAAUUUGUUUGAUUGUUUGUGUUGUUUGUUGAUGCCUUUAGAGAAUAAAGAAAGGUUUGUUAAGGCCGAGGGUGUUGAGCUCAUGAUUAUUAUUAUGAAACAGAAGAAAUCUGCUUAUGGUUCUGCUAUUAGAGCCCUUGAUUUUGCUAUGACUAAGUAUCCGCCUGCUUGUGAACGGUUUGUUGAUGUUUUGGGUUUGAAGACUGCUUUUGCUGCUUUCAUGGGUAAGAUCCCCAUUAGCAAGAAGAACAAGAAAGAACAGUACCAAGAGGAGUUAGAAGAGCGUAUUGUAUCCCUCAUCGCAUCAUUAUUUGGUGGUAUUUUAAGAGGAUCAAGAAGAGAAAGAUUGCUAAGUAAAUUUGUUGAAAAUGAAUGUGAGAAAAUAGAUCGCCUUAUGGAAAUCUAUAUAAGAUAUUCCGAUAGAGUAAAAGGAGAGACCGAACGUAUGGACCAGCUUGAACUGGACGAUUUAGAGAUGGAUGAAGAGGAAAGAUACAAUCGAAAACUUGAAUCUGGACUGUAUACUCUUCAGUUGAUAGCUGUUAUCUUGGGUCAUCUUUGGUGCUCUGAGCACCCACGAAUGAGAGCAAGAAUUGAAUUAUUACUGAAGCAGCACAAACUUACUAGGAAGGAUGUUAAGGAUAUACUUCAGGAAUAUCAUGACAAUAUUGGCGAUGUUGAUGGACCUGAGGAGAAAGAGCGAGCUCAGACAAGGAUCCAGAAAUUUAUCUCGGCUUUCUAAUCGUUUGAUGUUUUUGUAGCAUUAGAGACGUAGAUGUUUUAGCAAGGCCUGGUGUUGUAAAAUUGCCAUUUAACGGGCUUGUUCAAUUAAGCAUUUGAGUUGAAGUACUUGUGCCAUAAGCUACUAAAUGGGAAAGCCACUAGUAGAAAGAGGUGAUGUUCAAUUCGGUAUUUUAGCUGCAUCUUUGCAGAAGGGUAACAAAAUAUAUCCUUUUAGGGCGGGAACCUGUCUGCACUAGCCAAUCUAUCUGCUGCGGCAACAUACAUGAAACCAACUAAUCUCUUGUUGAAGCUUAGAGAUCACUUUUAUGAGAAUUAUUAUUUUAACUCCA